AUGCUCUUGAUGAGGAUGCAUGAUCGAGAGAAAGCAGUUCGUCCUGAAUCACAGAGUUACCAGUUUCGCCAGGCAGCGAGCAGCACACUGAAAAAUCAGCUUAAGUCGUCCGGUACCGCUGGCGUGAUGGCUGUUGCACGGGCAGGCCCCGUUAGCAGUGCAAGUGGCGGCACAGCUGGGGCGGCCACGUCUUCUGGUGUGCUCAUGGUCGGACCUAACUUUAAAGUGGGCAAAAAGAUAGGCUGUGGAAAUUUCGGUGAACUGCGCCUUGGCAAAAACUUGUACAACAACGAACAUGUAGCGAUCAAGUUGGAACCGAUGAGGUCGAAAGCACCACAACUGCACCUGGAAUUUAGGUUUUACAAGCUUUUGGGCGUGGCCGAAGGCGUACCAUUGGUACAUUACUUCGGUCCAUGUGGAAAGUAUAACGCGUUGGUUCUAGAGCUGCUUGGUCACUCUCUUGAGGACCUAUUUGACCUGUGUGAUCGCAGGUUUUCUGUAAAGACUGUCUGCAUGAUCGCUAUGCAGCUGGUGCGGCGAAUCGAGUAUGUUCACAGCAAGCACCUAAUCUACCGUGACGUGAAACCUGAAAAUUUUUUGAUUGGGCGGCAUUCAACGAGAAAGCAGCAUAUCAUUCACAUAAUCGAUUUUGGAUUGGCAAAAGAGUACAUUGAUCCGGAAACGAAUAAGCACAUACCUUACCGUGAACACAAAUCUCUUACUGGCACAGCCAGAUACAUGUCAAUAAACACCCAUUUGGGCAAAGAACAAAGCCGUCGUGAUGACUUAGAAGCGCUGGGUCACAUGUUUAUGUACUUUCUACGCGGGAGCCUUCCAUGGCAAGGCUUGAAGGCGGACACGCUCAAAGAAAGAUACCAGAAGAUUGGGGACACCAAAAGAGCAACUCCAAUUGAAAUCUUGUGUGAAGGAUUUCCUGAGGAAUUCGCCAAAUAUUUGCGAUAUUCGAGACGAUUGGAUUUUUUCGAACUGCCUGAUUAUGAUUAUUGUUGGGAACUGUUUAAAGCUGUUUUGGACAAAAAUUGCUGGGUAUACGACAACGAAUUUGACUGGACCGUGAAGCUUAAUCAUGCGGUUAGCAUUUUCCUUUCGUACCUUACUAUUAUGGUUAUCGUAUGUUAA